AUGCACGAAAUUCAAAUUCGUACUGUUGCACAUGUGAAAAACUUGAAGAAGACAACGAGAGAACAACGAGUGAAGUGGUACAAGGAAGUGCAGGCUAUGUACAAAGAAGCCGAUAAACUGAGCGAGAGGAAGGUGAAGCUUGCUCAGAAAAUGUAUGAUACAGUUGACACCCAUAUCAAGGAGAUGGACCAGCAGCUUGUGGAGUUUCAAGAAUUUCAAAUUAAAAAGUAUAACGAAGAUCAUGGAGCAAAAGCAGGUACGUCGAACACGGACACUCAGAAGCGAAAAGGGUCUGUGUCUAUCAUGAAAGGUGAUAAAAAGAAGAAGCCAGGAGAUCUCAAAGCAAAUCGCCCGGAAAGUGCGACCUUUAUGGACACCUUCAAGCCUUCUGCAAUUACCGCCGUUGACAUGCCUGUCGAUCCAAAUGAACCAACCUACUGCAUAUGUCAUCAGGUUCGCAAUUUCUUUAAAAAUUUAUCACAGUUGUUCUCAAAAUUUAGUUUUAAGUUGGACAGAAAUGUGGAAACUUUUUUCUUUCAUUGUUGAGA